CCCGGCAGCCUCCAGCCCGGCAUCGCGCAACGGCCAGGCCCUUCCUCGUCCUUCACCGCGCCCAUCACAGUGCCGACUAUGCCUCAGGUUAACUCAAACGCCCAGCAAUACACCUUACCUACGCGCUCCAACACCAUGAGCCAGCACUCCCACAGCUAUUCGCGAUCGAGCCCAGCUGGUCUGGACCAGAAAUAUAUCCCUUUUUCCUCGACCGCGCAGACGCCCGACGUUCCAAAGUACGCGCAGACCCCGAGCCAGCCACAGCGACAUUAUGCGCCACCCACUCCGCAAGCUGGUGCCGCCUCCAACUCGCCCUUGGGGCUAGCAGACAUACGGCCGCGGGCCAACUCGAACAUUGGGGAGGAAUCGGCGUCUGGAACAACCAUCUUCUCAGAGUUGGACAAUCGGCCGCCUGGAAACAGCAACUACCUGGCGCCAUGGGCCGUCUAUGCAUUCGAUUGGUGCAAAUGGCCUGUGCAAGGAGGAAACAGCGCUGGAAAGAUGGCUGUUGGAAGCUAUCUGGAAGAUCCCCAUAACUUUAUCCAAAUCCUGGAUACCCAGGUCGCUCCCCAAGAAGCUACAACGCCUGGCGCACCAGGAUAUGGCAUCGAGUAUACUCGUGUCGCUGAGGCGACAUGUUCCUACCCCGUGACUCGGAUACUAUGGGAGCCUCCGUCGUCGCAAAAGCAAUCUACGGACCUUCUAGCAACCUCCGGCGAUCAUCUUCGGCUGUGGUCGCUGCCGCAAGCAACCGCCAACCAGGCCAGCAACACUAUCACUCGUUCCUCCAAUGUCAACCAGAGAGAACCUCCUGUCCAAAAGCUGACGCCUCUGGCUCUGCUCUCGAACUCCAAGUCUCCGGAACACACUGCGCCUCUGACUUCCCUGGACUGGAACACGCUCUCCCCUAAACUCAUUAUCACGUCAAGUAUCGACACUACCUGCACGAUAUGGGAUAUACCAACUCUUACCGCGAAGACGCAGCUCAUUGCUCAUGACAAAGAAGUUUUUGAUGUCCGAUUCUGUGCCGGCAGCGUUGAUGUCUUUGUCAGUUGUGGAGCAGAUGGCAGCGUCCGGAUGUUCGAUCUUCGUAGCUUAGAGCAUUCUACGAUUAUUUAUGAGCCCACGGAAAAGAAGGAAGAGAAGGGAUCUCCUGGCCGAAUGUCCCCCACCAAAGCGCAACAAAUGAUGUCUUAUGCGCCUCCGCUUCUCCGACUAGCUGCAUCUCCUCACGAUGCGCACCUCCUCGCAACCUUUGCUUCAGACAGCAACAUCAUCCGAAUCCUCGACGUCCGGCAGCCCGGCCAAGCCCUUCUAGAACUGAGAGGCCACCAAGCACCCCUUAACAGUAUCGACUGGUCUCCAACCCGUCGCGGCAUGCUCGCAUCUGGAGCUGACGACAACCUUGUUAUGGUCUGGGACCUUCUCCAUUCGCAGAACGGGGCCCAACUGAACGCCUCCGACGCCACUGUCACCACGACUGUGGGCAAUGGCACGUCUGGCCAAGCUUCGGGAUCCGGUAACGUGAACAUGAAGGGGCCAUGCGCAAGCUGGAAGUGCGACUACGAGGUCGGCAAUCUAAGCUGGGCUCCGCAAAGUGCUUUGACGGCCCAGGGCGGCGAAUGGCUUGGCGUCAGCGGCGGAAGGGGAGUUUGGGGCGUCAAGCUAUGAGGAGGGACAUGCUGGACUUGAAAACAGGAAGACAAGACAUGUGUAUGUAUGAUGCUUCUGCCAGCAACGGUGGGAUGACGAGAGACGAGGUACGCAUUUGACGGCGUAUGGGACGAUUAAUCAAUGGGUGAUAGUGGUUUCUUAUCCCACUUUUUUCAUUUCCAAGCCUAGAUACCUCCCAAGAAGCAGUUUGAAUAACACGCGCGCCAAGAGUGGGGACCGCUGGGGGCGCUGCUGAUUGAG